AUAGGUGGCGCUAGUGCACCUCGCGCUGGUUUACCACCCGCCAAACACAUCAAAGAAGAAGGGGGAGAACCGGGGCGACUAACGUUAGUUUCACAACAGAUCGUGUGUUGUCAAAGCGAAAACAUCGUACUAUAUCACGGUGGACUGUCUUAUGUAUCUUUAUGUCACGAGACUGGAUCUGAGCAGGUAAACAGAGGGGACCCAGGUGUGUCUUAGUGCAGGGGAUCCAUCCAGGUGUGUCUUAGUGCAGGGGAUCCAUCCAGGUGUGUCUCAGUGCAGAGGAUCCAUCCAGGUGUGUCCCAGUACAGAGGAUCCAUCCAGGUGUGUCUCAGUGUUCAGGAAAAGGUCAUGGAUGAGUCGUUUGCAGGCAGCUUGUCUGAGCCCGACAGUCCUGGAGUGAUGAACCGCGGCUGCCUCCUGGACCCGGCUGAUGUCCUGUACCAUGAUCUGUCGGUCAUGGUCCCUGAAACACCCAGCCCACAGCUUGGUAAACGGAGGAGACGUGUUUGCCGCACAGAGGAACCUUUCAGUCCUGUGGUUCUCAGCAGCGCUCCAGAAGUUUCCACCAGCAGUGAACAAGGGUUUUCACAUAAAUCCAAACGCAGGCGUCUGGCAGCAGCGAUGGGAGAGCAGAGCGUCGGGUUUGUUACAGCUUCGUCUCUGAUGUCCUUUCCUUUGGGCAGCUGGCUGGAGGCUCCGCUGUCCACAGCAACCUCGUCGUCCUACUCCUCGUCGACCUCCUCGUCCUCUUCCUCGUCUUCAUCGUCCACGUCCAUGUCCUACCUCACACCAGUAUCAGAGAAGGAGGCAGAUUUGAGUGUGGCGGGCAGCACAGCAGGAGAGUGUCCUGCUCCUCUCCGUGAGAGGCUGGCUCAGAGUCAGUCCUCAGCGUCUUCUCCAGCAACAGCCUCUGAUGGUCUGUCCUUCCUCACUGUAGAGGAGAGGAGGUGGCUGAACGGCGAGCAAAGAGACACCUCAGCAGCUCCGGAGGAGAUCGUCAUCAGCGACGAUGAGGAGGCUGUGGUUCGCUCAGCGCAGGAGGAGGAAGACGAGGCCAUGGCUCGAAGCCUUCAGGCCCAGUUUGACCAGGAGGAGACACACAGCAGACACCACCACCACCAUCAACGUCUUCAUCAUCAUUAUCAGCAGCAUCAUCAUCAUCAGCAGCAUCUUCAUCAUCAGCAGCAUCUUCAUCCCAGGUACCACCACUACAUGGAGUCCAGCUGGAUGCCGAACCUGCUGGCUGCUGUCUCUCCUCUGGCCGGCUUUCAGGACGGUCUGAUUGGCCAGCGCAGAAGUCGUACGCGGGGCAGGAGAAGGAACGGUCUGCCUGAUUUUUCAGAUGGGCGUCAUGGAGACGACUACGAGGCUCUGCUGGCGUUCGAGGAGCGCCAGGGCGCCGUCGUGGCGAAGAAGUUAAGUCGGAGGGAGAUCCAGAGGUUUCCAACCAAAUCCUUCCAGUCUGCUAACAGCGGUGGGAACACUCAGUGUCAGAUCUGUUUCUGUGACUACACCGAUGGGGAGAAGCUGAGGAUGCUGCCCUGUUUCCAUGACUACCACGUGCCGUGUAUAGACCGAUGGUUAAAGGAUAACACCACCUGUCCCAUCUGCAGAGCUAACCUGGCCGACAGUGACUCCCUCGCCCCCCCACACCUCUGACCUCCUUCUGAGACCUGACGGCAUUGGCGCUGCAGUAUUAACGUCUGACUGGAGAUGAUGUUCAAAGAAAGACAAGUCGUGUUUUAUACUUUAAUUUAAUUGUUUCACCUCAGAACUGAAUUCAGGGAUCAAACCUUCGAUGCUGCUGUUCUUAAUUUUUUUUUUAUGUGGAGAGAAAGAUUUUCAGUCUGCUGAUAAAUUUCAUUAAAAUACUUUUUCCUCUUAA